UUCAGGGCGGGGGGUGUGAAAGAGGAGCAGGAGGCAGGAGCGGUGGGCACAGGGUGUGGCCUGCCAUGGGGCCCCUGUUCUCCGGCGCCGCUGGGCGUGAACUGCGGUGGAGGCCUGCGGACUGGCGCGGGCGGGGCGGGGCACCGCUGCGGGGCCCCGGAGAGGAGCUGGGCGUGGGCACGCGGCGGGGCCGGCCGGGUGCGGGCGCACGCGGUGAGCAGGUAGAGGACGGUCUGCGUUCCGGGCCAGGCGUCGGGAGCGCUGUUUGGAGAGGCGGGCCAGCUCAGCGGGCUGGCAGUCUGAAGCCAUGGGUGACUGGAGCCUUCUGGGGAGACUGUUGGAUACAGCACAGGAGCACUCCACGGUUAUAGGAAAGGUCUGGCUGACGGUUCUGUUCAUCUUCCGAAUCCUGGUGCUGGGGGCUGGGGUGGAGGAGGUGUGGGGAGAUGAGCAGUCAGACUUCACCUGCAACACCCAGCAGCCGGGCUGUGAGAACGUGUGCUACGACAAAGCCUUCCCCAUCUCCCACACCCGCUUCUGGGUGCUGCAGAUCAUCUUCGUGUCCACGCCCACCCUCAUCUACCUGGGGCACGUGCUGCACAUCAUGCGCAUGGAAGAGAAGAAGAGAGGCAGGGAGGAAGAGAAGUUGAAAGGGGACAACCUAUAUCUUAGACCCGAUGGGCAGUGUGGGUCCAGCAACCACAGCCAGAAGGACAAACUCAUUCUGCGGGAUGACUGGGGAAAGGUCCAAAUCGCUGGGGCCCUGCUCCGGACCUACAUAUUCAACAUCAUCUUUAAGACGCUGUUUGAAGUGGGCUUUAUCGCUGGACAGUACUAUCUGUAUGGCUUUGAGCUAAAGCCACUCUACCACUGUGACCGGUGGCCCUGCCCUAACGUGGUGGACUGCUUCAUCUCCAGGCCCACAGAGAAGACCAUCUUCAUCAUCUUCAUGCUGGCCAUCGCCUGCCUGUCCCUCUUACUCAACGUGCUGGAGAUAUACCACCUGGGCUGGAAGAAGCUUAAACAGGGCAUGACCAACCAUGAUGGCCCAGACACUGCUGCAUCCAGGGUGGGGGCCAUCAUAUCUGGGGAUGUGCCCCCACUCCCCUCCCACUAGGCCACAGACACUAGUACUAUGGGGCGCCCUUCUACUACACGCACUCUGUCUCUUCCCUGGGAUGGGCAACCAUCAUCAUUCCAGGGCCCCUCCAGCAGCAUCAGCCUUCAACAUGGCAGCUCUUUCCCAGGCACAAGGGAAGGGCCACCCUGACAAAUUCUACAAUAGUAAUCACCACUGGCAACGACAGGCAGAGUUGGGCCAACCAGGAGCCUGGGCAGCAGAUUCUGUGAGGAAGGUCUCCCCGCCUGUGUCCACAUCCUCCUCCUUAACCCCUCCAGGCAGCCCCCUGCAAUCCCCUCAGGAGGGCAGAGAAGGCAGCAAAGAAUCUGUCGUGUGGAGAAUGGGGACAGCAGCAUCCGGGGAGAGAGCAGAUUGGCAGUGACUCCUGUUGAGCGGCAGCGGGCAGUGACCCCGCUGUGGAGGUGCACAUGCCGCCUGUGCUCCCCACAGACCCAGACGGUCAAGCAAGGCCAGUAAGGCCAGCAACACUCAGGCCAGACCCAGUGACUUGGCCAUGUAGUGGUGGCCUCCCCAGGUAGCUUUAUAAUGACCACCUUUCUAGCAUCAAAACCAAAGUGCACUUCAAGCGAGCAGCUAGAGAGCCAGGGUGACAGAGAGCACUGGAGUGGGGGAGAAGACCACCGAGAGGUCAGGUUCGGUGUCGGUGCUUGCUGUCCUUAGCGCUGGAGGUGGAGUGGGGAGGGUGACUAUGCUGUCUACGGGGGAUGGGGCAAAGUGGCCAGUGCCCUUUACAGAUAUUCAUGGUACCCAAGAGCCCUGAGCAAGGAGACCUUCUCAGGGGUUUCUGUCUCUGAGGCGGACUGCUCUGCGAUGACAGAGGCAGGUGUCUGCAGUCACUUCAGUUUGAGGCCAUUGGGUUUUCUGUCCUGAGCUCUCCGGAGCCUCUGGGCAGCACAGAAGACCUCAACGGUGCUUAAGUAUCUGUCUGAUACUUUUAACUCAGAGUUGAAGUUCAUUUCAGAUAUUUGCCAAACUGCACUAAAAGGAGACUGGAGCAAGCCUAUGUAGUGUCAUUUGAGAUUCUGAAAUUGCAUGUGAAGCCCAGGAUAUCCAAGUGCAGGCUUCAUGACAAGUAACAACGAACUGUUCCCCCAGAGUCUGUGGGUGAUGGCACCGAGGUGGCUGGGAAGAAAGCAGGCGGAAUGCAGCCACACUUGAGAUCACUUAACAACUGAGGAAAUGGAAACAGUAAUGUGGCAGGCACUCCUUUGUGCGGUUGCUUUAUUUUUUUAUUUGUUGUUGUUGUUAUUUUUUGCUUUGAAUUGUAUGGAUAUGUCUAUUUAUCCCCUUUCUUUUUUUCUAAAAAAAUAUAAGAAAUGUAUUACUAUUACAGGAAUACUGACAGAAAUAAUGAUUAUUUGUCCCUUUUCCCGUCAGUAAAGAUUUGAAAUUCCUUUUAAAAUAAAUGCUUUGACUUCAUAAAUCAGUUCAUUACUAUGAGAAGGUAAAAAACGAAAUAAAAGCAGGGAAAAACUUGAGUGCCUUUAAAUACUUGAAGUUCUAAAGUGGGAGGUUAAAAGUAACUGCUGCUGCUAGGAAGUUAUUUUUACAGGUGAAUGAAUAAA